AUGUCGUAUGAACACUAUGGAGAGGAUGGAAACUCAGUACGAGAUGAGAUAGCUGGUCCGGAGACGGCGAAUUUGUAUCAUGUUGUUGAUCGGGAUAAUGUUCAUGGGUUGAACUUGAGUGUACCCGAAGAUGCGAAGGCGCUAAUAAAACCUUGGGAUGAACGUGAAGAUACAGACCGAUACGCGGAUUCAGGUGUAGACGAUCAGCUCGUUAUACACGUACCGUUCUCGCAGAACGUACGUGUCAGGUCGAUUCUUCUCAAGCUUGGCCGUGGAGAGUUAACACCAAGGCACCUACGCAUAUACGCAAACCACACCAACAUCGUCGACUUCGCCGAAGCAGAAUCGACGAAACCACAACUUAAUAUCUCACUUCAGGAGGGUGAGACGGGUGUUGUGGAAUAUCCCUUGCGAGCUGCGGUGUUUGCGAACGUGCAUUCACUAUCUCUCCACUUCAAUGAAUCGAUUGGAGAAGAAGUUUCGAGGAUAUAUUAUAUCGGUUUCAAAGGCGAUACGCGACAAGUGCAAAAUGCGGGGACGAAUAAGUUGGAAGUGCCUGCUGAGAAUGCGGCGGACGCGUCGCUUGUUGAUCGAGUGCGAGAGAGAGCGUCCGGACAACAGGAUACGGCUCGAUGACGUUUGUGUAGUGGGUAUUUAAAAUGGAGAUACUUGCAUUACGAGUUGGUUUAAAU